AUGACGGAAACGGAUAAUAUGGGGAUCCAUCUGGGAGCUCCAAUUGAUAUUCAGGGUAAAAAGAGCGCUUAUUUCCAAUUCUUAGUUGAUAAAGUUUCGGAACGCAUAAUCUCAUGGGCUGCUUUGAAUCUUUCCCAACCAGCAAAGUUAAUCCUUAUAAACACGGUGCUGGUAAGUAUGUCUGCUCACGUUAUGAAGUGCCUGAAAAUUCCUCAGAGUAUAGCAAAUAAAAUUGAUGCUCUUAUUACUCGGUUUUGGUGGGCUAAGAAUGGGAGUAAAGGGAUGCACUGGGUUAGUAGAAGUAUCAUUCAACUACCUAAGAGUAUGGGAGGCCUGGGAAUUAGAGGUUGUUCGGACUUUAAUGAUGCUCUCCUCUUUAAACAAGCAUCAAGGAUACAGCUCAACCCCCAACUUCUACUGGCAAGGGUUCACAAAGGCUUUAGACAGGGUGGUGUUGGUUGCAUGGCUAAUUCUCAUACAAGAGGAGGGAACCGCUCUUUGGGGAGGUCGAGUCUGCAAAAAGCUAUACAGUCGUUCAAAGAAGGUUUUGCUUGGAAGGUCGGAAAUGGCAAUAAUAUUAGGGCCAUAAGUAUGCCAUGGGUAAAUGGAGAAAUACCGGUGGUUAAUUCAUGUCAAACGCUGACAGCGGCUGCGAGGUGGAAAGUGAGUGAUUUUAUCGAGAGGGAAACUAGAACCUGGAAUGCAGGAAAGAUAAGGGAGUGUUUUGAUUGGGAAAGUGCAAAAACGAUCCUAUCAAUGGAGCUUCCGUAUUCGUCUGAGGAGGACUUCCGCUACUGGAAAUAUCACGCGUCAGGGAGGUACACAGUUAAAACAAGAUACUACUAUCUUUCAAAUACAAGGGGGUUAGAGAGACCCUCUUUCUUGGAAAGGGAUCAGGAAUUUAUUAAGUUGGUCUGGAGAUUGGAGAUUCAGCCAAAAUGGGAAGUUUUCUUGUGGAGGCUGUUUCAUGACGGUAUUUCCGUCAAAGUUAAUCUGGCAAGAAGAGGAAUGCAAAUUCAAGCGCUAUGUGGUCAAUGCGAGGUGGACUUGGAGGACAACCAACACCUCUUUAGGCUUUGUAUUCUGGCAAAGGGAGUAUGGGAGCACACCCCAUUAGCCAUUUGCCCUGACUCAUCUGAAUUCAAUUCCUUGCGAAGAUGGAUUCAGCACUAUAUACUGCUCUACAAUAGCGAGGAUGGUAAGCAUAGUAUCCGUUGUGCGUUGUUCAUAGCCACAUUAUGGGGGCUAUGGAAGAUUAGGAAUGUACAACACUUUGAGGGGACUAUGGGAACAAUAGGUUCAGUAAUGGAAGCUGUUAACCAGGCCAUGCAAGACCACGAAAUGUUUAAACUCCAGUCGAGCACCACAAAUGAAGGGGACACCGUAAUUAGAGAUGACCAAGUCAUCCCCCCGGGUUUCAACCAUGUUCACCCGGGGAAGGAAAAAUGUAGCUACGAUGACUUCAUUGUGGAAGCUGAUGGCUCAUGGGAUAAGAAGUCGAGGAGAGCUGGAAUUGGAUGGGCUGUUAAGGUUAACACCUUAGGCUACGCUCUUGAGGAAGGGGGCAAACACGGAGCAGCAGCCUCAGCCAUUCAGUGCGAAGCUUGGGCUUGUCUUGAAGCAAUGAAAUGGGCGCGGGAUAAGGGAAGGCAAGGAAUCCUGAUCUUUACUGACUCCACCGGCCUUCUGGACAAUUUACGGGUAAGCCCUGGCAGGGACAUUUCUAUUUCUUGGUUACUAAAGGAAUUAAGGGAAGUGGGGGCGUCCUUCCAAAGAUGCACAGUUCUAAAGGUUGAGCGAAAUCAAGUUUGCAGAGCGAAUGACAUUGCCAGGAACUGUCGGGUUAACAUGUUUAAUUAUUUGUAG